AUGUGGGUUCGAGUCCUACAGCUGGCUAACCUUCUUUGCAACUUCCACCUUUCACCACUAUUCCACGUCACCCCAUUACCGCCAGCAACAGGGGACGACCGAGUGGAACCAGGUCCCGUCGAGGCCUUCUCGACGUGCGCCGUCCCCGGGCUGUCCCCCGAGAGCUUCAGCGUGACGAGGCCUCACCGCUGCAGCUUCUGCGGCUACUCCAGUUACUCCCCUUCUGCCGUGAAAGUGCACGAGAGGUCUCAUACGGGCCAGCGGCCCUACGUCUGCCAGGUGUGCUGCAAGAGGUUUGCGCAGAGCAGCAACCUCUGGAGACACUCCAGGACGGUCCACGAGGGCAGGAGGAACUACAAGUGUGCAGUGUGCGGACUUUCGUUCCAGCAGGGGGCGCACCUGAAGACCCACCAGAGAGUGCACGCGAAACGUAAAUGCGUGUUGUACCAGAUCGCCUGCACCCUCGCACUUCUACCACCGCAGACGACCCCUCCCAACCGGCAGAGUUGCGCGAAACCUCCCGACCGCUGCGAUAAUGGUACGGCUCCUCAGCCGCGUUCACACGAACUCGACAGGAGCAGGUUGAGUUUAACUGUCGAGUUAACUCUCUCGUGUAAGCGCUGUCGGGUCGAGUUGACUCUGCGUCCUGACGAGUUGAGUCAACCCGACAGCAAGGGGUGGGUUGACGCGCUCGACUCGAUGGGCAAAGUGCAUCUCGGCUCGACGCGGGGCGUCGUUGUGCGGUCGUCUUCCGUUGGAGCGAGUUCGUGUAAACAGCGUCGGGUCGAGUUCGACUCGACCCGAACUCGGUCCGCUCUGUCGAGUUCGUGUGUCGUGUCGUGUCGUUCGUGUGUCGAGUUCGACUCGACCCGAACGCGGCUCUUGACACGUUACACCGCGGAUAUGGCCACAGGUGGAGAUUUCAGACAAGUGUGUUGCAAGCAGUACCCGCGAGGAACGACGAAAGUCGAUAAAAAAAGCUUCUUACGCUGUUAUCUUCCAGGCAACCAAAAGGAAUCGGAGAGGGAGUACCCGAGGGAGCACCACAUUCCCAAGCACACGAACGAGAAGUGGAGGUACCACUGCCGCUUCUGCAGGUACUCCAGCGUCAAGGGUACCGACGUCAAGAGACACGAGAGGACCCAUACGGGAGAGAGGCCCUACGUGUGCCCCGUGUGUUCCAAAGGGUUCGCGGAAAAGGGGAACCUGGACAAGCACUCGAAGAUUGUUCACGAGGGUCAGAGGAACUAUGUCUGCCCCGUCUGCGGCCACGCGUUUCAGCUGAAGCAGCAUCUGCAGAAACACCAGAGGGUGCACGAGCGUGAAAGGAUUUAA